AUGCAAGGCGUUCUUCCACAAAGAUUAGGGUUUGACGAACUGUGGAUCCGGUUGGUGAAGCUGGUGGUGCUGUUUAAGCUGGUGGUGCUUGUGAAGCUGGUGAAGCUGAUCGAGCUGGUCGAACUGGUCGAGACGAAAUUGGUGAUGGGGAUAGUAUAUGAAGACUUUGAGGGCAAGGAACUCAGUUAA